AUGCCCUCCCUCUAUCAUAGCUAUGAAGUGCUGCUCGACUUCACCAACGACACGCGCGAUUGCAUUACGGUCCAGCUUUUGCGGGAUUACGGGCGAAAUGCGGGGACAGCGGUCUUAUUGCCGCCAUCUGAGAGUAUCACUCUCGUGUUGGAAUCCGGAGGCGUGUACAAAUACGCAGUAAAAUCGCAAAGCAAGGUAGCCAAUGUGACCGCGCGUAGUUGGAGAAACAUACGAUGUAAUGCAUCCCAUCUUUUUACAAGCGUGCCUGGCGCAGAAACAUUCGACGAUCCGCUGGUGGGCGGCAUCACCGUUGAUCAUAUAUGGAGAGAUUAUCGGAUGUACCUAUGGGACCCUCAAGCUCAAGGCGAGGAAAGAACAGCCCUACGUCUCACCGCUACUGCAUAA